CUGUGCGAGAGCAAGUGCGAGAGCACGAGAACUGAGCGAGGCACGACUCAUGCAUUUCUAGAAAAGUCCGACAGCGGCAUUUUUGCAAUUUCAGCUCACAACUUUGCGUGGUAACGACGUGUUUAUAGCAACAUCUAAGACUUUAAUCAGUAAAGCCGAGGUUCAAAAUCGCUUAAAAUGGACAAGGUGAACGAACUAAAGGAAAAGGGCAACACGGCGCUCAAUGCCGAGAAAUUCGAUGAAGCGAUUGCUGCAUAUACAGAAGCCAUUGCGCUGGACGCCAAAAAUCAUGUGCUAUUCAGUAAUCGGUCGGCGGCCUUUGCCAAGGCCGGCAAGUUUAGGGAGGCCCUCGAAGAUGCUGAGAAAACCAUCUCUCUGAAUCCCACCUGGCCGAAGGGCUAUUCGCGCAAGGGUGUUGCGGCCGCUGGGCUGCGUGACUAUAUGAAGGCUCUCGAAGCCUAUAAUGAGGGCUUGAAGCACGAUCCGCAAAAUGCGAUCCUAUUGCAGGGCUGUCAGGAGAUAACUGCAUCGGUGCUGAACAUGAUGCAAUCGCAGGGCGACAUACCCAUGGACGUUGAUCCGCAGUCGAGCAGCCCUAGUUUUGAGAGAAAAGCGCCGCCGUCCAAGAGCUCGGAGCCCCCAAAACCGGCUGAGCCGCGGGUGGAGGAUAUGAGCGAGGAGGAGCGCAAAAAGUACUUUGCCAAGAAGGAAAAGGAACUGGGCAACGCGGCCUAUAAGAAGAAAGAUUUUGAAACUGCCCUUAAGCAUUAUAAUGCUGCCAUCGAGCACGAUCCGACUGAUAUCACGUUUCAUAAUAAUAUUGCGGCCGUUUACUUUGAGCGCAAGGAGUACGAUGAGUGCAUUAAACAGUGCGAGAAGGGCAUCGAGGUGGGCCGUGAGAAUCGUGCUGAUUUUAAGCUAAUUGCUAAAUCCUUGGCUCGCAUUGGAAACACCUAUCGCAAGCUGGAGAACUAUAAGCAGGCGAAAUUCUACUAUGAGAAGGCCAUGUCUGAGCAUCGCACACCGGAGAUAAAGACCUCGCUGAGCGAGGUUGAGGCAAAAAUUAAGGAGGAGGAGCGACGCGCCUACAUUGAUCCAGUUAAGGCCGAGGAGGAAAAGGAAAAAGGCAAUGAGUACUUCAAAAAGGGCGACUACAGCAAUGCCGUUAAACACUAUACGGAGGCCAUUAAACGUAAUCCCGAUGAUCCCAAAUUGUACAGCAAUCGGGCUGCCUGUUACACAAAGUUGGCCGCUUUUGAUUUGGGUCUGAAGGAUUGUGAUACUUGCAUUAAGCUGGACGAGAAAUUCAUCAAAGGUUAUAUACGAAAGGGAAAGAUUCUCCAGGGCAUGCAACAAACCUCAAAGGCUUCCUCGGCAUACCAGAAGGCGCUUGAAUUGGAUCCCAAUAAUGCCGAAGCUAUUGACGGAUAUCGUCAAUGUUCAAUGAACUUUCAACGUAAUCCACAAGAAGUGCUCAAGAACGCCAUGUCCGAUCCGGAAAUACAGCAAAUUCUCAAGGAUCCGGCCAUGCGCAUGAUACUCGAACAGAUGCAAAACGAUCCAAAUGCGGUCAAGGAACAUUUACAAAAUCCAGCCAUUGCCGACAAGAUAAUGAAGCUGCUGGAAUCGGGCAUUAUACAGAUACAUUAGAAUUAGCGAAACCCUAGAAAACAAGAAAUUGGAAAACAACAACAACCAAACAAAUCGCUAACAUUCAGGAGACACACAUAAUACAACCAAUAUGCAUAUACAAUGAACGCACUUCUAUGUCGCGGUGCGCUGCCACAAAACUAAAUACCAUGUUGAACCUUAAUAUUUCUAAAUGAGAAACUAUCUUGGAUAAUACCGCAACGCUGACAUGACUAUAAAUUCAGUAAAGAAAAUAUGAAUGAUUGAAAACCAACUAAAUACAAAUACUAUUUGUUUUGCAA